AUGCCCAAGCACCCAGCCCUGGACAACAAGAGCCACCAGCGCACCGGCGGGCAAGGGGACAACCCACCAGAGGGCAUUGUGGCAGGGAAAGCAGUCCAGGACAUGCACCCGUCCCUUAAAGAGGGCAGCUCACGCCCAAACCCAGGAGUGUAUGGUAGUACAGGCUUGUUUCCAUUCCUGCUGAUUCAGAUUCAGUCAGACGUUCACACUGUUUCUGCUCCGCUCUGUUUCCUUCAGGAUUUUUGUUUGUAUUCAUAUGGAAGUGUGGAGUUUUUAACUCUAGCUGUCAUGUCUUAUGACAGAUAUGUUGCCAUUUGUUUUCCUCUGCAGUAUAACACCCUGGUGACAUCUAAAAAGACUGUUAGACUUGUUGUUAUCAUGUGGUUUUACCCUUUUUUUACUGUUGUAAUUUUAGUAUCAAUGACUGCCAGUCUGCAGCUGUGUGGCAACAUCAUCAACAAGGUUUACUGCGACAACUCCUCCAUCGUAAAGCUGGCAUGCUUCAACAUCACAGUAAUCAACAUUUAUGGACUUGUURACACGUUUCUCUUGAUAGUUUUUCCUGCAGUCUUGAUAUUUUACACCUACAUGAGCAUCAUCAAGGUGUGUUUCUCUGGAUCCAAACAAACCCGACAGAAAGCUGCCAGUACCUGCACUCCUCACCUGGUUUCUCUGUUAAACUUCUCUUUUGGAUGUUUUUUCGAGGUUCUAGAAAACAGAGUGAAAAUGAACAGUGUUUCUGGUGUGCUUCUUGCUGUAAAAACUUCUGCUUCAAUUUUUUUCAUCAUCUGUCAAACGGUUUUUAACCCUUUUUUAUACGGAUUGAAAAUAUCCAGAAUACGUAUUUCUUGUAAGAGUCUAGUUGGUAAAAUUCUACGUCACUUUUAAUCUGUUAACAGUAGAAGAUUUGAGGAGACCCCAGUUCAAURUGGGUCAUCCCUGUGUACUCUGGUGCCUAUGUUCUCGCAGGUUUUGUAAUGAAAUUCAUGAAA